AUGGCCAAUCCUCCACCAAUCGUCCUCGACGGCGGCACCGGUUUCCUCAAGGUCGGCUACGCGGCGCAAAACUUCCCCGAGCACCAGUUCCCUUCCAUCAUCGGCCGGCCGAUUCUGCGCUCGGAGGAAAAGACGGACAAUGACAUAGUAAUCAAGGACAUCAUGUGCGGUGACGAGGCCGCGGCGGCCCGCAACAUGCUGCAAAUAAGCUAUCCCAUGGAGAAUGGCAUCGUCAAGAAGUGGGAUGAUAUGCAGCACCUGUGGGACUAUACAUUCUACGAGAAGCUCCAGAUCGACCCUAGCGGCCGGAAGAUUCUACUCACAGAACCCCCGAUGAACCCGCUCAAGAAUCGAGAGCAAAUGUGCGAAGUCAUGUUUGACAGAUAUGGAUUCGGCGGCGUCUAUGUCGCUAUCCAGGCCGUUCUGGCGCUUUACGCUCAGGGUCUGAGCUCGGGCGUCGUUGUCGACUCUGGUGAUGGCGUCACCCACAUUGUGCCCGUAUACGAAUCCGUCGUGCUCAACCAUCUUACGAAGCGACUCGACGUGGCUGGUCGCGACGUGACGCGCAACCUUAUCAAACUACUUCUCCGCCGCGGCUACGCUCUGAACCGAACCGCCGAUUUCGAGACUGUGCGUCAGAUCAAAGAGAAGCUCUGCUACGUAUCAUAUGAUUUGGAGCUAGACAAGGCUCUCAGCGAGGAUACGACGGUCCUGGUGGAAAAUUACACACUCCCCGAUGGGCGCGUCAUCCGCGUAGGCAGCGAGCGAUUCGAGGCGCCCGAGUGCCUCUUCCAGCCGCACCUGGUCGACAACGAGUCGCCCGGCCUGGGCGAAUUUCUGUUCAAUACCAUUCAAGCUGCCGACGUGGAUAUCCGCGCGUCGCUGUUCAAAGCUAUUGUUCUGUCGGGCGGCAGCAGCAUGUACCCGGGGCUGCCGUCGCGCCUAGAGAAGGAGCUGAAGCAGCUGUGGCUCACGCGCGCACUGCAAGGCAACCCCGAGCGUCUGAGCAAGUUCAAGGUGCGCAUAGAAGACCCUCCCAGGAGAAGACACAUGGUGUUCCUGGGCGGUGCCGUCCUGGCCAAUAUCAUGGCCGACAAGGAGAGCAUGUGGGUAACAAAGGCGGAGUGGGAUGAGCAAGGCCCUCGCGUGCUGGAGAAGCUAGGCCCGCGAUAG